UUUUGAAUAACGUUUAGCCAACCUGUAGCUCGUAUGAUCGGGACGCCCCUCCCCUCAAUGGCGACAGUCAGAGUAUAAAACAGACGACAAUGAUAUCCUUGCUUUAUUCUCAUCAGGACAAUAUUUGUCAGUUACGGAUUCCGCGCUGAGUUUUUAUAUCUUGUUGGUUUGCUGUACCUAGCAUUCUCAAGACACAAAGCAUGUUGCUGAAACACGAAUUUAGAUGUCAUGAAACAGAGCAGGACUGGAUGGACUCUCUUCCGGUGGUUGAUUCUCUGGUGACUGGACGUCAUGUCAUCAUCGACUACAUGACGGAACAACAGCUCUCAGAGACCUACCGUAUGAUCCAGGAUGCCGCCCAACAUGGCGACGGCUACGGAAUCGACGAGUUCGACUCCGAGAAAGACUUCCGUCAUGAAAUCGAGGGCAGCGACUGUUUCGCUAUUGUCAGCAAAGAUAGUGGCGAACUUCUGGCUGGAUUGAUUCUGGCUGUGAGCAAGUUUUACCGGGGUAUGAGUGGUGUUUGUGACCCGUUCAUCAUCGUGAAACCCACCGAGAGAAACCAAAAGCUUGGCGAGUUUUGUAUGAGGAAGGCAAUCCAGUUCUCUAAGAAGCUUGGGUACAUGGGGAUGUACGUGGACACUUUCUCUAACAAUGUAGCUAUGCAGCGAAUCAUUGAAAAGAUUGGAGGCUUCCAGCGCGUGGGUUUCCUUCCUCUGGGAGGAAGACUCCAGACGGGUCAGCUAGUAGGCUCCGUGAUCUAUUACCGUGACCUAUCACCGAAGAAACCCGAGGAUACGUGAACUUUGACUGAUGAUUGCGAAUCUGUCUGAUGCCCAAAUAUCAGACAACUUUACCGCCAUAUCAAGUGACGAUCCUGUCAUGGCAAUGAGCUUCACUGUGUUAGUCGCGUGCGGACGAUUUCUACAUAAAAAAACUGUGACCCGCCACGACCUUGUCGAGUAGUUAUACAUGUACAAGCUUGUAGAUCUUAAAUGAACAGUGUUGCAUGGAUGUACAUAAUUUGUGAUUUGCAUCAAAUGAAACCGGUUAUCACGCCCUAAAACAUUUUCAUACAUGAUGCUACUUUAGUCAGUUCACAACUAUAGUGACAGUUGUUGAAGUUUUUACAAAUGUUCUAUAUUAAACAACCAUAGUACAUGUAAGUGGAUAACAAUAUACAGUAACAGUUGUUGCAUUAAUACAAAUACUAUGUAUUAUACAACCAUAGUAAAAUGUUAACACUAUAUAGUGAAAGUUGUUGAAGUUUAUACACCAUAGAAAACGUUUAACACUAUAUAGUGACAGUUGUUGAAAUUUGUACAAAUAUUAUGUAUUAUACAACCAAUGUACAAGGUUAAGACCAUACUGUGACAGUUGUUGAAGUUUAUACAAAUACUUUGUAUUAUACAAAUCACAGUAAAAGAUUAACAC